AUGGCGGUAGAGAAUGUAACAAAUUCUCAAGGGGCGGGAUCUCGGACGGCGGGAAACGAGGAGCAACUUAUCAGAUCACCUGAACAAGAUAAUCUCAAGCAGCUUACCGCCCAAUCCGCAGACGAGCUCCCCAAAUCUGUACCGGCGAUCAAGGAUUCGAAACAACUACGAACGCCUUCACCAAGUCCGCCUCCACUGUGUUCAUCACCAUCUCAGGUGCCUGUGAAUGAGUCGCGGCCUGGGAAUGCAGAUGAAACCCCACUUGUGCAAACUGGCAAUAACAGUUCUGGAGCUUUCCAUAAUUUGGGGAACUUUCCCUCUUUUGCCGAGCACAAUGGAACAGGUGAAUUGACUUCACCGCCUCCCAUAUCGAAGUUUCCACCGCCUUCUGAUCAAUUGGAUGACAUCGCAGAGGAAAAAGUUGAGAAUCACCGGAAAUUGUCCUUGAAGGGUUCUGGGGAAGAAAAGGUUCUUAAACUAUCAGCUGCUGAGAUGACGGAAUUAGCAUCGGCUCCUGAAUCAUUACCAAUGGUUUCGCCCAGCAAGUUAUUGACUCCCGAUACAAGCCAAGGCAAUGCCGAAGAACAGGGGCCUAAAAGAUCCGGUUCUGACGUAUCUCGCAUGGAGCUUGACGACCGACCGUCUGAAUCGACAGAUCGUCGUAAUAUUGUUACACCGGAAUCUGUAAAAUUCUCUGCAGACAUUAAUGGUGAGAAGCGAGGCUAUCCAGAGGUAAUCCAGGCCAAUGCUAGUAACAGAAGGCCCACGAUUUUACCCUCUUCCCGGGCCUUUAGUGCUCAGCCGCCACCAACUCAAUGGCCAUCAUACUCCAAGCCAAAUGCCGUUCCGACAUCACCAAAGAAAAAACCAUUUUAUAUUGGCCGCGGCCCUGAAUCAUUAAACCUCAACCUCGAAGGGUCCAUUGUGACUAAUGGAGCGAGCAAAUCCUCACAAUUGCCAGACAUUCCACCACCAUCGCCAAUACCCCAAUCGAUUCCUCUGCCUCCGAUGUCAAUUCCUACUUAUCUACAGCUCGAGCUUUCCGCUACAAGGCCAUCGCCUUUGUAUAUAUAUCGUUCAGCUUCGACAGAAUUUCCUUAUGAAUCGUCAAAAGUUAAAUUUGAGCGUUUAUUGAAUUUUUUGUUAUUACCGCCACAACUUGAGCAGGUCCUAUUCUUUGGAUCUUUCGCAUGUCUUGACGCCUGGCUCUAUACCUUUACCAUUUUACCUUUGCGAUUUUUCAAAGCUUUAGGCAUUCUUAUUUCAUGGUGGGGUCAUGUCCUAGCCAAGGAAUGUCGCUUCAUUAGUGGUUUUAUUUAUCAUGGUACCAGCCGGAUGUGGCAUCGACGAAAUGAACGUCGCAGUGCCGAUUCUCUUUCGCCCACGAGGAGUAUGUCACGUCCUAGUAGACCUUCGGUGUCAACAACAACCUCAUUUCAGUCUCAAGCUGGAAGGCCCUCUGAAACCUUCAGGCGUACUGGUACUACUGAGACUACUCCAAGAUUAAACGGUGAGCGUAGACCAAGACCAGGUUGGGCCCGUAGACAUCGACGCAUGAAAUCUCAACCGUCUUCAUUAUCUUCAUACAACAAAGCAGAUCUUUUGCAAGGUGCUGUAAUAAUUUUCAGUUCAUUCUUCUUAAUGAAGUUAGACGCAAGCAGGAUGUAUCAUAGUAUUAGAGCGCAGUCAGCAAUUAGACUGUAUGUUAUAUAUAAUCUUUUAGAGGUCUUUGAUCGCCUUGCCGCAGCGCUAGGCCAAGACAUUUUUGAAUGCUUAUUUUCCGAUGAAACGCUAGAAAGAAAUAGUGAUGGAAGGAGUAAGGUAUUGCGACCGCUUGGCAUGUUCAUACUUGCUCUCAUAUAUAAUGUUGCUCAUGCAGCAGCAUUGUUUACCCAGGUCGUCACCUUGAAUGUUGCUGUAAAUUCGUACUCCAACGCUCUCUUCACUCUAUUAUUAUCGAAUCAAUUUGUGGAAGUCAAAGGGACUGUGUUCAAGAAGUUUGAGAAGGACAACCUCUUCCAGCUCACAUGUGCCGAUGUUGUGGAAAGAUUCCAGUUGUGGCUUAUGCUAAUGAUUAUUGCAUUGCGAAAUAUUGUUGAAAUGGGUGGCUUCAGCAGCAUGGCAUCAUCGGCAUCAGAAGCAACCAGUCCUUUACGUACAAGCUCAAUGCUUCCAAACAGCUUUACUAUUCUUCCAGUAUGGUCAGGCGAAGUUCUUUCACCAUUUUUCAUAGUGAUAGGCAGUGAGAUGUUGGUAGAUUGGAUCAAGCAUGCAUAUAUCAGCAAGUUCAAUGGAGUCAAACCAGCAAUCUAUCAACGAUUCCUCGAUGUUCUGGCCAAGGAUUAUUAUACAAAUGCCUUUGUCAACCAAAACCUUAUCAAACGUCUUGGUCUUCCAGUUAUACCGCUGUCAUGUCUUUUUAUCCGGGCUGCAUUUCAAACAUAUCACAUGUUUCUCGCGACUCAUCUUCCUCCACCACUUCCAUCAACAGCGACAUCCUUAUCAGUUGAAUCAUCUCCAGCAACGACAGCAGCUCUCGAACAUUUCGAUACCAUCGUCCGCAAAGCGCUCGGUCGAUCAACAUUCGGGUUACCAAACCCAGACUCGACUACACCAUGGUACCUACCUAGCACUGACGAUGUAAUUGCAUCUCUUACCAUGAUUGUCUUCUUUCUCGGUGCAUUCUUUGUUCUCCUCGCCUGCAAACUCGUUCUUGGAAUGCUCUUACUAAAAUUCGCACGUAAUCGUUAUUCUACCAUGAAAAGGCGUGAACAUCGAAGCUACGAGACUGGCGGAAAGAGAGUAGGUGGCUGGGGUAUGGUAGAAGUCGAUGAUGAUAAGAAACGAUGGAUUUAUGAUGAUGACCCGGAGACAUUGAAGAAGUUGAGAGAAAAGGAAAGGCUGGCGAGAGAUAAGGAGAAGGUGGGAGCCGUACAUGAUUUUUCUAAAAUUAGUAGAUAUGAGAUGGCGGCGAAGAGAAUAUGGUGA